UUAUCUUCUUCUUCCUCUUCAUCAUAAUCAUCAUCAUCAUCAUCCUCUUUUUCUUCUCCUAUAUGAUUUUGAAAUUCGCACAUGCAGAUGCAUUGGCGAUUUUGUCCAGCAGAUGAUUCAGGAGACACGAAAGCAGAAGGAUUGGGAGAUGUCCACACUUUACAUACAAACGCUGUCAAAUGUCUCAGCUACUCUCACCCUUCCAAGAUAUUGUUCUCAGGAGGAGAGGAUGGUCGAUAUAUUAGCUACGAUAUGGCACAUGAGAAGAAGAUCUAUGAGGAUAAAGUCGGUCGAACGCUGAAUAUCGUUCAGAAUCCCAUGGAUCAUCGGAUCAAUGCAUUAACACUAUAUAGCCAUAUGACGCAGUUGAUAUUGAUGGACGAGCGAAUUCCUGUGACUCCAGUUCUCAAGUUGGGAUAUGCAGGCUCGACAAAGACUUUCAAGAUCCCUAUUCCUUCAUGGCAUCCAGAAGGAGGGCUUUUAUCCUUUGGAGGGACUGAAGAAGGGAUCAUUAAUAUCUGGGAUGUCCGAUGGAAUAAGAUCAACUGUAUUGAGAGUCAACGACCAGGAUCAGGAGUCGUUACAGGCGAUAUCCGAUUUGAUAAUGAGACUACCUUUAGUAGCAGCAACAGUAGCAGCAACAGUAGCAGCAUCAAUAACAACAAUGGCAGCAAAACCCGAAGCGGUAGUGGAUAUAACAAUAACAACAAUGAUAAUAUUAGUACCAAUGGACAGCAGCAACAACAACAACAGCACCAGCACCCGAUCUUCCGUGAAGCAGCCAUUUUGAAAGGUCAAUCUAUUCGAAAUCGACCAGGAGGACCGACUCAGAUUUUGGAAGUAGGAGGGAAGCUAGUGAUUUGUGCAGCAUUCCAUCCAACCAAGAAUGUGCUGAUCUCUCAGACUGUAGACAACAGCAUUUCAUUCAUGUAAGCAAGCAAGAAAGCAUACAAGUGAUGGAAAGGAUUAU